UGGUCGAUUUUGGUAACAUAACCGCAAAACGGCUGCUCAGCAGAGCGAGGUCAAAGUGCGCCCGGUCGAUGUUCCUGUCACAUGCUUCAAAUUUAUUUGUUUUUCCUUGUCAUGUUUACGUGUCUGCAGCAAAUCAUUAACUUCCAGUAGAAAAUAAGGAAGCUUUCCGGAACCCAGUGUACUAUUGGCAAUGGAGGAUUCCCGCCAAAGUCUAGCUAUACUCCUGAUGACAACCUGCUGUCUCGGUACAUGUGGUUGGGCACCCCGGGGAUGGAACAGCUACGACAGCAUGGACGGGUACAGCACAAUGCUGAACGAAUCAUCAGUGCUACAGAUUGCAGCAGCCCAGAGAUCCCAGCUGCUGUAUUACGGUUAUGACCACCUGGUGCUGGAUGCUGGUUGGUUCUGGAACAUCACGGCGAGCGCUCCACACCUAGAUGACUUUGGUCGACCCUUGCCAGACCCAGAACGCUUCCCCUCCAGUAAGGGAACCAACGGGCUGGAGAUUCUGGCUCGUCAAGUUCAUGACAAAGGUUUGAAGUUUGGUGUUUGGUUCCUGCGUGGGAUUCCUGUUCAGGCUGUGAAAGACAAGCUGAGAGUCUAUGGCACACAGUACACAGCAGACCAGAUCGCCCUGCCUGCUACACAGUGUAGCUGGGACAACAUGAACUACGGUAUCAACACAUCCCACCCUGCAGCCAUGUACUACUACAGGUCUAUAACCGACAUGUUCUCCUCGUGGGGGGUGGACUUUGUCAAGGCUGACUGCUUCUACGGAGGAGAGAUCCACAAGGAUGAGGUGGCACUGUUCUCUCAAGCUAUCUCCCGGACAACCAGAACAAUGACGCUGUCGUAUUCCCCGGGGAACGGGGCUAACGUUAUAACUGCUCAGUGGUUGGUGGAUAACGGGUAUGCUGACAUGUACAGAAUAACAGCUGACACAUGGGACAGCUGGACAGGUGCAAGUGGAAUCGCCAAACAGUUCCCAGCAGCUGCUGCACAUGCUAAGCUGAUAGGUGCCGGUGACACGUAUCCCGACUUAGACCUCUUACCACUGGGACAUUUAGGACAUCUGAGUGGCGUCCACAGCCCCCCACGCUCCACUCGUCUGACCACAGUGGAACAGCGGACAGCCAUGACCCUGUGGUGCAUGGCCAGGUCACCCCUCAUGUUCGGGGGGAAGCUGCCCACAGAUGACCUGACGCUGGGUCUGCUGACUCACAAGGAGCUGCUCAGGCUGCAUGAGUUCAGCAUGGGAAACCGACAGGUGUACCAAGCCGGUGAUGCAGUGGUGUGGCACGCUGUCAGCACAAAGCCAGUAACUUUUGUUGAACACUACGUAGCCUUCUUCAACCUGGCAGUGGACCAUUCCCUAACGGUGGCCGUGAACUUCACCGACCUUGGUCUCCCCUCGGGGGAGCUGUACAGUGUGAUAGAUGCCUGGGACAGCAGCAAUCUUGGCUUGUAUAAAGAUACCUUCUCAGCCACUGUGUAUGCAAGGGGUUCUGGCUUGUACAGAGUCAUCAAAGACUUAACUCCAUUUAGCUAGAAACUGUUUUAGCGUCACUGAAGUAAUGCUGCCUGCAAUCGUUGCAAUAUUCAAGAUGUUUUGGGUUCUUUCAACUUAUUUCAGAUGUUUUAUUUGGAACUUUUUAAGGGAUCUGAUUGAUUUGCAUGAUAUAACCUGUCAGGAGUGAUUUUUUUAGCCAAAUAGUGCACAGUUACUCAAGCAACUGGAUAUGAUUUUGGAAACGAUCAGAUAUCUC